UCAAAUUGAAAAUCUGGAUGUGUUUCAACAUAUAACAAGUUAUAAACAACUUGUAUUCGGGCACCAUGCCGUUUAUAGAUGGAUAAACAGUACUUAUGGAUUAUAUAAAGAAUGUUUAUUUAUAAAUAGUUCUUGCAAAACCCGUGUGACUUUGGAUAACCACGAAUGUUCCCUCCUGUUGCUAAGGACUCGUAAUAUCUCGACACGACUGGAGCUCACGGCACUUGCAGCCUGAUUCCAUUCUCUCGCGAUGGGAGAACCACCUGUAGCACAGUCUUAUAUGAAAGACCUUAUACAUGAAUUGAAAUCAUCUAAAUUAUACACUGAUUUACAGAAUGCAGCACAGGUAGAAGUAACAAAAACACAACUGAGGUUAUCAGAUGUCAGGAAAGGUGUUCAAACAGGUCUCGUUAACUCAGGAUGGGACAGGAAACUGAGAAAUGCUAUUUUCAAAUAUCUGCAAUGCCAUCCAAAGAUACCUUAUCCACUACCUCCUGUAGAUCAUAUGAAAGAACCACUGCUGUACCUCAGAAAGGCACAGCAAAACUGGGAAAAAAGAAUAUUGAAAAGUCUAAACAGUAUGUGUACAGAACUGAACAUGCCUCUAGCCAGGAAGAGACCAGAAAAAGAUCAGAGGGACAUUAUCCACAGGUGGACAGAACUAGGGACAGAUGGCCCAGAUUUAACCCAAAUUCGUCCUGUUUAUGCUCCAAAAGAUUUUCUUGAGGUCAUCAUCGGAUUGUCAAAUCCAAACUAUCACAAUGGCGACGCCCCUGGGUUUCAUCACCUGUGGGGAAUAGUUCAAGUUCCCCUCAAAGUCAAAAGCAUCAACAAACUGCGGUUACAGUACAGUGAUAUGGCGAUCAACCAAGGUCAGUCUGGGAUAGACGACUUUGGUGAUAUCCCUCCAGAGUUGUUCGAGUCUGACAAAAUGAAAAUUGGAAAGAAAGUGAUAAACGCAUGUCACAGUCCCCUGGCUCAGGAAUUCUCCAAGAAAGGUUGUCCUACGAGUCUACGGGCCAGCUUAUGGUGUCAGAUGUUAGGCGUGGAGAUAGACGAAGAAGACAUUUUGUAUUACGAGCAAUUGAAAAUCAAUGUUCAGCAACACGAUCUUCUGGUUGACAGUCUGCUGUAUAAGGAUGUGAAACUGACUGCUACAAAUGACGACCAAUACUUUGUUUUUGAAGAUUUCCUAUACCAGGUUCUACUGCCAUUUUCAAGAGAUACCUGUGUUCUGAAACAUUUUGCCCAGAACAGCGCCACGCCACCUAAAUCGUAUAUUCGCGGGAAAAUGGGACAAGAGGAAUAUGCAGUCGUUUACCCUCCAAAUGGAGUAAUUCCUUUUCAUGGAUUUGCCAUGUAUGUUGCACCUCUCUGCUACGUUUUCAACGAGCCAAUAUGCCUCUACUACGUCUUCAGGGAGAUGUACUGCAGAUACUUCUUUCGUCUUCAUAGUAUUUCAUCACAUCCUCAGGGGAUCUUAGCCAUCAGUUUGUUGUUUGAGACUCUUCUCCAGAUCCACGAGCCUGAACUAUAUUUUCACCUGAAAACAGUUGGAUGUCAUCCAUUGAAGAUUUCUUUUAAGUGGCUUGUGCGAGCUUUUUCUGGCUAUCUCUCUAGCGAUCAAGUGCUAUUAUUGUGGGAUCGCAUAUUGGCACACUCCUCGUUGGAAAUAUUAGCAGUACUUGCUGUGGCGAUAUUUUCGUUCCGAAAAACAAAUCUGAUGAAGGUUCAGUCCUACAAUGCUGCCGAGGCAGUGCUGGCUGAUUUGACGACACUGCAGGUGAUCCCUCUGAUACAGCUCAGCCUAUUCUCAAAGUAAUGGACUAUUAUACCCCACACACAGUGCUGUCGCUGUGUGAGGAAGACAGACUGAUACAAUCAACAGCCGAUUUGGAUGUAUGCAAUAAUACACGUUUGAGCUCAGAGUUUCAUUUUUAGUGUAUAUAUGAAAUACUCAAAAACCUCUCGAGUGGAUUUCCCAAUAGCACAGUAAAAUCAUACCUGACCUCUACAAAUAACAAAUUCAUUGAAACGCAUACAUGGCUAUAUGUUCCAAUAAGCUGCUUGCAUCAGCUAAUAUUUAUGUUAUUAUUGUCAUUGCAUUAAAUAACAAGGAGUCUAAUAGCGACUUGUUUGAAACCGGCUAUAUCAGUAAGAUUAUUUAGCUCGCCGGGACGAAAUCCAGACCAGGGGAGCUAUUCCUAUACCCCAGCAACUGUUUUAUAAAACAGUAUUGUGUGAAUACCUAUGAGGAUACCACUUAGGUAUUUGCCAUGUGUGUUCGUCCCUUGUGGCAACACUUGGCUUUCCAUUGGUAUUACAUUUGCCAAGCUUCUGACCUUGACAGUGACCUUUUUCUUCCUUUUUGAAAGGUAAUUUAAAACCCACUCGGCGGACUAUGUUUGUCUUCUGACAUCUCUGGUUUAAACUGUCACAUCAACCGAAUUAACCUUAACAUAAUUCAAUGUUUAAGUAUAAAUGUAAACAUCAAAAGAUUAAAGAAUGCUGUGUGUCGGCUUCCUGUUAAUGCAAUAUUUUGAAAAUUAAUGUAUUCAAUAUGUUUUUGUAAUUGGCCAAUACUGAACAAAACAAAUACAUUUGUAAGUCAUUUAGAGAAAUACUGCGAUUUUUCCUUAAAAAUGCAUCGCGCAGCAUCAUUGUGAUGUAGACAGUUUUAACGAUUUUUUCGUCAAGCUUGGACACAAUUUAAGAGGUUAUUUCUUCAUUUUCUGGAACGUCGUUAUAACUUGCAUAGAUGAAUGGAAGUUGAAUAUGAGUCGUGAACGAGUAAACCAGAGGAUGGGCUAUCCCUGUGUUUUUAGCGAGUGUAAAAGUUAUGUAAUGUAUAAUCUUGUUUGUUUCAUAGAUAUUUUACAAAGGUUAAAUAUCUGAAAUAAAUUCCCCUCGGAAUAAGUCUACAAACGUCGAUAGACAUGAUAUAUUUUCGUAAUUUUUUUAUGUAGUAUGUUCUGUUUAAAGAAACUGCUUUGGUUUCGUUGUUAUGACGUUUAAAUGUACAUUCCAUUAUCUAAUAAGAUGUGACAUACAUAUAAUUAUGUUUUAACGUCAGAAGUACAGUAGCAUUUAUACACUGUUACAAAUCUCACGAUGGUUGAAUGUAAAUGUAUCAAAACUCUUGACAAAAUCUACUUAUUGGAGAGACCUUGUAAUUACAAUUUAUCAGGAUAUGUAUAAGUGAAUCUCCAAAGUGAUGUAAUUAUUAUCACAUGUUAUGUGGUUUCAUUUGUUCACAUGUAGAACUUGUUUAUUUUCUUUUGAAAUAGCUGUACAUAUCACUUCAUUGGAUAUCAUUUAUCUAGAUCAUGUGAUAAUUGCAUUGGAGGUUGAUCCUGACUGGAAUACAAAUACACAAUUUUGUAUUCUAUGAAGUAUUCAUUAAACUACAGGUUUUCAAAUUUUUUGCUCGCCUGUUAUGAAUCUGCAUAAAAAUACGUGUUAUUUUCAGGAUAAUAUAAUCAGUGUGAUAUAGCAUGACAAACCGUUACAUGUUUCGCAACUUUCUCCGCCAGUAUAAUUCUAGAAUGGAGUCUAACAAAUCAACGAAAAUAACUUUGAUCCUUAUUCAAGGCCACAGGACUCAAAUUUGUUGACACACAUUGGACAGGUUGAUUGCUGGUAUGACGCAAGACAAAUAGUCAAGAUAAGAUUUUUUAAAAAAACACUCUUGAUGACCUCUCAUGAUUCGCCGCAAUGGGUCAAGGUCACAAAGGCCAAUGGACAAUUGCGCUUAUGUCGUCUGUCGUCCACCAAGCUUCAUUUUUUUGUUUUUAGUUAUUUUCAACGAUUUCUAAAAUCGGAUAUUUCUAGAACCAUGACGUUUGGCUGCCAUAUUCUUGUGAUAAAGAAAAACAAAGUUAGCAAAAAACCAAUUACCGUAACACUUAUUCAAGGUCGAAAUUUCCAAUGGUCCAAUUGAUAGUUUGUACCGUAGUGUGGCUUUCUUUGUCCGUCAAACGUCAAUUUUUUGUCUUUUUAACGACAUUUUCUCGAAAAUUAAGAUACCUAGAAUCAUUAAGUUCGGUUGUCUGAUGGAGCUAAUCAAAAGAUUGUUAAAAUGUUCUUUAUUAAAGGUCACAGGGGGGAAAUUAUUUGCAUUCGAUCAAAUAAUAUUGAUUACUUACCGCAGGAAUAACAACAGUAGAUGUUACUGAACAGAUUUGACGGAAAUUUGAUAUAGAUAAACCCAUAGGGGAUUAUGAAGUUUAACUUGGAAAAGUUUAAUAUCUAUCAAUUUGAGCCGAGUAAAUCUUUAUAUGUUGCAACUGUUCGUUUGAACUUCGAUAUUUGCUGCGAAACGAUUUAUCUACCUGAGAUACGAUAUGUAAAACAAGAUAUGCAUGUUAUGUUCUCUUAUCGCUCUUAGUGUGAUAAGAUAUUAUAUUCAUUCAACGAUGUGAGGUUCAUUUUUCCCUAUGGGUGAUAUAGAUAUGAAAGAAUUAUUAUACGGAUAUUUCAAACUAUAUCUCCUCCCAAAUAUUGAAAUAUUGGAUUUUUAUCGCGUAUAUCAAAACGAAAAGUGUAAAAAUAAAUAUUUCAUAACAUACCACACCAUUUAUCAUUUUAAUUUAUAACACUUUAAAUGCUGUAACAUAAUAAUGUAUACGUUGAAUGUGUGAACCAAUGGAGGAGGUAGUACUUGUGAAGCGUGUACAAAUAUGCAAAGCUUGACAGAUGGAUAUAAUGAUUUAAUCAUUCAUCACGAUAUAUAGGCGUUCCAACGCAAUCCCCAUACGAAAUGGUGUUUGUUUUGACAUAUCUGUAUGCCAGUGACACCAUUAAAGUGAUUAAACGCGAUGCCAUGAUGA